AUGAGGCAGGCCAGGCUCUGGAGUCUGCUCUGGAUGCUCUUCAUCCCAGAAAUCCAAGUUGUCGCUGAAGUAUUUGAGGAGAAAUGUACUCUAGCAGAGGGGCAGACCUUGAAGGUGAGCUGUCCUACCAAUACCAACAUAUAUUCCAGAAGCCAGAAGGCUUGGCAGAGGCUGAAAGAUAACGGGGAGGUCCAGACACUGGCAAUCACAGAGGGGUCCAGUCAAGUCCAGGUGGGGAAGUACUUCCUAGAAGACAUCCCCAGUGAAGGCAUUUUGCAAGUCCGAGUGUUCAACCUUCAAGUGGAGGACUCAGGACUGUACCGAUGUGUGAUCUUGGGACCCAGCGACCCCAUCAUCCUGUUCUCCCCUGUCCGCCUGGUGGUGACCAAGGGUUCUUUGGGACCCCCUGCCUCAGAUGACUAUCCUUGCCAGAUCUCUGCUCAGAAUCCCACCCUUCCUCCCAUUACCACCAAGCUCCGUCCCAGGCCCAGGACUGUGACCAAACUCAUCCCCACAUCAACUAAUAGCCUCUCCUCUUCUGGUUUCACAGUCAUUCCCACAAAUGUGACACAUGUCACCAGGACCCCUGGGAUCAGCAUCGUCAUUCCUGCGGCAUGUGGACUCCUGAGUAAGACCCUGGUCUUCAUCGGUCUGUUUGCUAUCACGCAGAGGUCAUUUGCAUCUUAG